GUAAUGACUUUUCAAUUCCCACAAGCCCAUUCAAUACCCGCUUAAUAGUGCUGAUUACUAAACUGGAGGAUUGCACAAAACCCGGGACGCGACGUUCCACUGUAUCCGGAUGAUACCGGAGUAAGAUCUCGAGAAUAGGAUACCAGCGGCAUUCCACAUUCAAUCCUUUUUCAAGAGACGAAUUUAUUUGAGAACUCCGAAAAUCGUCCCUCAAAAAUUUCUUUACUUUCAGAUAUGAAUUCGAUUCUGAAUACCUCUGUAAGAAAUACAAGGGCUUUCCGGGGAAGUCCGGUUGUGCAGGGACUUCUUCGAAGGGGUGUUUCUACCCAGGAACUCGACGCUUCUAAAGGAGAUCGUGAACGUGUAGUCAUCCUAGGCUCAGGCUGGUCCGGCUUCGUCCUAUCACGAGAACUUGACAAGAAGAAAUUCCAAACUGUCGUCGUAUCACCGAGAUCCUACUUCGUCUUCACUCCGCUGCUUGCCUCUACAGCUGUCGGCACACUUGAGUUCCGCACUACUCUCGAGUCUGUCAGAGCUCGGGGUAAGGGCGUGGAGUUCUUCCAGGGCUGGGCAGAUGAUGUCAACUUCAACCAGAAGAAGAUCCAAGUUGAAGAGAUAACUGCAAGACGACCUCUACAUACGUCUGGCAAGGCUUACGAAGCUUCAAGUAUCACUGAAGCAGAUCAGUCUUUCCGGGUUAAGAAGAAAGGGAAGGUGUUUGAUUUGAACUAUGACAAACUUGUCAUCGCCGUCGGUUGUUACAGCCAGACUUUCAAGACUCCUGGAGUAAGAGAAAACGCCUUCUUCUUGAAAGAUGUCGGUGAUGCUAGGAAGAUCAGAAAGCGAAUCCUCGAAUGCUUCGAGACAGCUUCAUGUCCUACAACUUCAGAGAACCUCCGUGAUCAGCUCUUGAACUUUGCAGUUGUUGGUGGUGGCCCCACUGGCGUCGAAUUUGCAGCAGAACUCUUCGAUCUCUGCCAUGAAGAUCUGAAGAAACUCUACCCCAAUUUGGUCCCUCACAUCAAAAUCUCAAUAUACGACGUUGCACCGAAGAUAUUGCCUAUGUUUGAUGCGUCUCUUGCCAAUUAUGCAAUCAACCUCUUCAAACGCGACGGCAUUCAGAUCAAAACAGAACACCACAUCCAAUCCCUCCAACCCGGCCUCCCCGGCACAACCGACCCCGACAACGACGGCGGAUGCUUCACCCUCAAGACGAAAGAAGACGGCGAAAUCGGCGUAGGAAUGUGCGUCUGGUCUACUGGUCUCAUGAUGAACCCUUUCGUCCAAGCAGCCCUCGACGACGUACACACCUACCCCACCACAUCCGCCACGCUCUCCACAGAAGUCUCUUCACCAUCCUCCAAGAAAUGGUCACUUAAACGUCACUCUCGCUCUGGAGGUCUCCUCGUCGAUGACCACUUCCGUGUUAAGUUGAUACCUCGCUCUGGAUCCUUGCCGGAAGGAGAGAUUGUUCCGGAAGCGACGAUGCAGGACGUUUUUGCAAUUGGGGAUGUUUCAGUGAUGGAGAAGUCGCAAUUGCCUGCUACGGCGCAAGUUGCUAAUCAAGAAGCAAAGUGGUUGGGAAAGACGUUGAAUAAAGGGAAUUUGAGUGAAAAGAACGGAUUCAACUUCAAGAACUUAGGUGUCAUGACCUAUCUGGGAAAUAUGAAAGCCAUUAUGCAAGCGGACGGUGGAACAGAGGUCAAAGGACGAAUGGCCUGGUUGAUCUGGAGAGGCGCAUACUUGACUCAAACAGUGAGCUGGAGGAACAAGCUGCUGAUACCCAUUUACUGGUCCAUAAACUGGAUAUUCGGACGGGACAUCUCACGAUUCUAAUUCAGUGGAGGGUAGCGUCGCUGUGCAGCACUUGAAUUCAAUGGUUGCGUUUGCAGUCUAUUUAAAGCUUCUGCAAUUGUACAGCAGUGUUCCAGGAUUGAAAGCAUGAAAAGGGGGAGAUUUUAUCGGAUGUGCUCUUGUCUCUGAGGGAUUGUGCGUUGCGAGUUCCCACUCCUGCUUAUAUGUUCCUUACACUCUGCUUCUCUGCCUGCGAUGCUCUCGUGUGAUAAUUCUCAAAUGCGAUUGCUUCUCUUCGGAAUUUGGGCAUCACAGAAUGACAGCCACAGGAGAGAUGACAACAAACGUCUCCCCAUUUUCAAGCGGAACGCGACAUGUGGAAAGCUCAUGGAUAUUCGGAACCUAUAAGACUCAAACCCGUUUUUCUAGAAGUUCUGUUUACUUAUUUGUUUUUCGCAGUGAGAGGAGAGAAGUCCACACAAUCGCAAGCGGCAGAUUCUACCUCCGACGAUCUCGAAAUCGGCACUGCCGAUUCGAUUGUAUUUGUGUGUCGAGGAUUCCUCUCUCCUUGCGGGAACUGGCAGUAUUUAUACCUACAGCGUACAAGGUGAUGC